AUUUUUAAGAAUCAAAUAACAGUGUCUUCUUCUUCUUCCUACGCGAAUGUGUUAACAUCAAAAUAUAGAAUUUCGAAUCAUUGAGGAAAAUCUCAAUGCUUAAUCUUAUUGGUUUUUCGUUGUUGACUAUGGAUUCGGUGCCUUAUAGGGGAUUGCUUCAGACAUUCUUCAUACUCAAUUAUGUUUUGGUUUGCCAACUUGUCAUUAUUCAACCCUUUGUUUCUGCUUCAGGAAAUGCAGCUGAGUUGUUUGAGAAAGCAUCCCGAAGUAUAAAAGGGAAACAUUAUACUGAGGCACUUAAUGAUCUAGAUGCUGCAAUAGAAGCAGAUCCAAACCUUUCAGAAGCAUACCUUUCCCAGGCUUCAGUUCUUCGCAAGUUAUGCAGAUAUGAGCAAUCUGAGAGGAGCUACAAAAAGUUUCUGGAGUUAAAACCCGGACAUUCAAUUGCAGAAAAGGAGCUCUCUCAGCUAUUGCAGGCUCAAAGUGCGCUCCAAACAGCUCAGUCCCUCUAUGAGUCAGCCAACUUCACAAAAUCUUUGGAAUACAUUGAUAAAGUUGUUCUUGUUUUCUCUCCAGCCUGCACUAAGGCUAAGCUUCUAAAAGUGAGGUUGUUGAUAGCUGAUAAAGAGUAUGAGGGUGCAAUUGCUGAGUCUGGUUUUCUUCUCAAGGAAGAUGAAAACAAUUUAGAGGCAUUGUUGUUACGUGGUCGUGCAUAUUACUAUUUAGCUGAUCAUGAUGUUUCUACAAGGCAUUACCAGAAAGGUCUUCGCCUAGAUCCUGAGCAUAGUGAACUGAAAAAAGCAUACUUUGGACUGAAAAAUCUACUCAAAAAGAGUAAAAGUGCUGAAGAUAACGCGAGUAAGGGCAAGCUACGGGUGGCAGUGGAGGAAUUCAAGGCUGCACUUGCUGUUGACCCUGACCAUCUUGCACAUAAUGUACAUCUUCAUCUUGGCCUGUGUAAAGUGCUAGUCAGGCUUGGCAGAGGAAAAGACGCCUUGAACAGUUGUAGUGAAGCUCUUAAGAUCGAUGAGGAACUUAUUGAUGCUCUUGUUCAGAGGGGAGAAGCUAAACUCUUGACGGAAGACUGGGAGGGAGCUGUUGAAGAUCUGAAAUCAGCUGCUCAAAAAUCUCCUCAGGAUAUGAAUAUUCGUGAAGCAUUAAUGAGGGCUGAAAAAGCUUUAAAGAUCAGCAAACGCAAGGAUUAUUACAAGAUUUUGGAAAUUUCAAAACAUGCUUCCGCUGCUGAGAUAAAACGCGCAUACAAGAAACUUGCCUUACAAUGGCACCCGGAUAAGAAUGUGGACAAAAGGGAAGAAGCAGAGGCUAAAUUCCGAGAAAUCGCUGCUGCAUACGAGGUUCUAAGUGAUGAAGACAAACGCACAAGAUACGACCAAGGGGAGGACCUUGAAGAAUCAGGAAUGGGUGGUGGCGGCGGCGGUGGAGGUUUCAAUCCAUUCGGCGGUGGUGGACAGCAAUUUCACUUUACUUUUGAUGGUGGCUUCCCUGGUGGAGGCUUUCCCGGAGGCGGCGGCGGCGGUUACGAAUUUCAUUUUUGAUUGGAAAAGUCUUAAUCCUUAAAUUUUUCUUAGGGAAAGCUAUAGCCUUGAUUUCCUCAAGGGACCACAUCUAUAAUGUUGACUAAUCACUUGCUAACGGUUGUUGAGGUAAAUACUUAGGCCAUCCCCAAGUUGCUUGCAAGACAAGACUUUGUACUUUACAGAAAAUUUUGCUUUGUGAUAAAGUGAUGGGGAUAGGUGUUAGUUAAGGAGGCACAUUUUGAUGUAGCCCCGUAAAGUUUUAUGCGGUGGUUGAUACUUUGUAAGGAUGAUUUUAAAUUCCAGCAACCAUUUCACAAUUUGUUUACAUACUUUUAAGUUUAUUCAAUUGCUUCAGAGUUAAUACCAUGAAAA